AUGGCUUCAGCUGCCGGGAAUUUUAUGUCUGAGACUGCCGGUUUGAAAGCCAAGAUUCAGCACACUCACUCUCCUCCUUACACUCAGGACUCAUACUCAAUGAGUACUGUGCAGGACGACGACGAUUUUAAAAAUAUGGAUCGAUCGUCCUCUUUCCAAACAAGCACGUCCUCGUCGAUACGCGAAUACUCUAGCGAGCCUGGGUUCAAGCUGGCUGGCGAGAUGACCAAUGUUGGCUUUUAUUCGGGACCAAGCAUGAACCACAGCGGUCUAAAUAACACCAAACACGCUACUCACGUGAGACGGUCUUUAGUGGUGUCACCUUCCAUGAAGACAAUUGUUCUGAACCCAGAACCAGCGACCAGCCAGUCUGAAGAGCUCCCCGCCGAGGAGCCAACAAGAACCAUCGGACUGGCAAACAGUCCUAGUUUACAAGCUCUUGACGAUAUCUUAAACGCCAAAACGCAGCACAAAGCCAACAGCUCCUUCACAGCCAUCCAGGAAGAGGCAGAACCACAAGACCAAGCAGAAUACACACAGGAUACCGUGUAUCACAUGCCUGUUAAUCAAUCCUUUGCAUCUUUUUUCACAGCUCAUACUUCCACAACCGCUCCCGAAGCCACAGAUCUUAUCUCGCUCUCCAGCACCAUCAAGGACAAAGCGGCCGACGAGACCCCGACCCUCAUGACGCCGAACCUGUUUUCUCCGUCAAUGGUGUUCAACGAGCCUGUGGAAACGUUCAGGGUGUUUGACAACAAUCCAGCAAUUCCCCAGUCUGGCUCUUUCAGCCAGCAGAGCCACGAAUCGUCUGCUAUCUAUGAGAUGGGAUACGACGAACAGGAGUCCUACGUGCCUCGCAACAGAUCUCCUCGUCGUGUUGAACAGAGAUACUCCAUGAGGCUUGUGGACGACUCUCCGGUCGUCACGCACGAUGCUUUCUCCACUCCCGUGACCAUACAAGAUGUGUUUUCUACACCAGGAACUGUCCAGGAUAAUUACAGAUCGUCCAUCGAUACACCAAAGAGGCUUUCUCAUUUGGAAGCAAACUCAGACGACGAGCGCGAGCAAACUGCAGAGCCGGGGCCAGAACCUGUAUUUGUUCCUCAACAACAGCAAGAACCGCAGAGUGUUCCAGCCGAAUCGCAACAACAAACAGUCGAACCAGAGGCCGAGAAUCCAAAGUCGCUGCCAAAAGCUCAGGAAAAAGAGCUACCCCCUGUUCCAAAAAACAAACGGUUGUCGUUCAAGGGGCUGUUUAAAAACAAAAAGAGCAUGCAGUCUUCUCCAUCUCUGGCUACCCAUGAAAAGCAGUUUGAACCUCACACGCGCAAUGGCCAUGCCAGACCAAAAAGUUUCAGUUUCUUUGAGGAACCGCGCGAAUCGAAACUACAGGACGAUCCUAAGGACCGCAGAAGAAGUCUUCUUACGAGCUGGAAGAGAAAGAGUCUUGCUCCAGAGCAGGAGAAGUCAAAGAGAAAGAGUUUCUUCGGACGUAGCAAGUCUCUCAAUGUGAUCGAGUCUCCAGCUCAAGAGCCGGAAAGAAGGAUAUCCUCUAGCGACAAGGAGAACCAGCCUGAGCCUGUGACCCGUGCCGGCUCACAGCCUUCAGAGGACCGCAAAUCUCUCCUGGAUACCUAUGGAUUCUCCGGUAAGGAAUCUCCCUCUGAUCUUGGAGUGGUGUUGUCGACUCCUCUUGAAUCGCAAACGGAAUUCGUCAACAGUAACCCAAUGUUCUUGGAGUCUCCAAAGUUCAUAUCUCCCGAGGAAAGACGUGCAUCCACUUUCCAUCCGUCAGAUGAUGUGGAGUCUGCUGAGAUUCAGGCAGAGUCAGAUCUUUACCGUCUUGACACUCCAUCUCCGGUGAAUUUCAGCUUCCAAAGCCCAGAAAAGCCAACAUUGGCUCCAGAAAGAAGCGGCAACUUCUCGCAUAUGAAGAGAGACGACAGUUUCACGAGACUUCUUGCCGGUGAGUCUAUCUUCCCUAAAAGUUUGGGUGCUGAUGAGAUUGAGAGUAUUGUAACGCUCGAACGGUCACGGUCUAUGAGAUCCUUGAGAUCUCCUAAAUCUGGACCAACCUCGAUCGUCCACUCGGAUUCUUUCAACAGAUCUAUCGUGGAGAUGAUCAACAGUGAGAGAUCAGACGAGCCAAUUGUGACUGCUGACGGGAUGGUUGUGGUGAGAUCGCCAAUCUCGUCGAUUUCUUCACCAAAGAGCGUCAGACGUCAUGGCGUUCUGAAGCAGACCAAUGAACCAAUACAGGAAUUCGGUAUGGAACAAGAAGAGCUGGAUGAUCUGUACAACAUGAUCCAAUUUGGUGACGACACAGAAAUAGACACCGACUUCCAUUUCGAGACUGAAGCCGGCAAGGAUGGACUGGAACCUCCUAUCACGUUUGGCUCGCAGCCACGGUACGAAGAAGAAGAGCCAAGUCCAGAAUUGGUUCCUACCGAGCCAUACAUGGAUUCUCCACAGUCUGCCAAUUGGGAGGCUGCCAGCGACUGGGAAGAGUACAAUUCCACAGGACACUCGGUGGAUGAUCUGAACCAAACACACUCUUCUACUAGCUUCAACUACAACCCUCAAAGAUUCUCGAUGGAGAGCACGGGAUCUGCAUCUUUUGGAAGCCCUGGAAGCGAGAGACAGUCAAUGGGACUGAAAGGACCGGCUUUCACCCCGGUUGCAAAACAGUUCCCAGCUACCAGAAGAUACAGCAGCUAUUCUUAUGAGGACGAGCCAGAAAAGGACUUUGAGGAUUACAUUGCCGAGGCAUCGCAGGCGAGCCCGGUUUCACAAGAGCCUCCGGCCCCAGAAAGAAUACGCAAGUCUCGGAGAAUGUCGCUGAUUGGCAAGCUAAACAAAAAGACAGAGACUGGAUCUUCAUUUUCGAGAAGAAACAGAACCAAGUCACAAGGCUCGAUAAGAUUGAGUUUCUUUGGUUCCAAGUCUAGUAUCGACACACGCGACUUGAACGCCACUCCAAUGGGGUCUCCAAUGGUGGAAGUCCCACGGGUCCGGUUCUCGUCCAAGAUCUUGCUAUUCGAGACGUAUGACGAGUACGAUUACGACAGAAAACCAGACCAAGCCACCUGUAACCAGCUGACACCGCAGCUGGCGUUGCAGAUCAAGAGCGAGCUAAAUGAGCUCAAAGCAGAAAUGCCUGUCCACGAACUUUCCAAAUGCUACACGCAGUUCUUUUAG